CCGGCCACACGCACACCUCACACCCCAUCCCUGCUGUUUGUGAGGCUGCAGCAGAGGGCUUGUUUUCCGCAUGAUAUUGAGCACUACUGAUGGGAACCUCGGCGUCUUUGUCAUCUCUGUGUGCGUACUGUAGUCCUCUCCAGCGGAGCAGCUGAUAGUAACAGGAGCCCGCAGGAGCGCUCAGUCGGACCAGGACAACACCAUGAAGUUGUCGGUGCUCCUCUUUCUUUUGUUGGUGUCCUGUCCGCUGUUCCUCGCCGACAUCCCCGCUCAGAGUGAGUUUGUGUCUUUGGCGGAGAUGGAGGACGCCCUGCUGAAGAAUCUUUUUCAAGGGUAUCAGCGCUGGGUCAGGCCCAUCCAGCAUGCCAACGACACUAUAAAAGUACGCUUCGGACUCAAGAUCUCCCAGCUGGUUGAUGUGGAUGAGAAGAACCAGCUAAUGACAACUAACGUUUGGCUGUGUCAGGAGUGGAUCGAUUACAAGCUGCGAUGGAAUCCAGAGAAAUACGGAGGAAUCACGUCCAUCAGAGUUCCCUCUGAAAAUAUCUGGCUCCCAGAUAUCGUCCUAUAUGAGAAUGCUGAUGGGCGGUUCGAAGGCUCCCUGAUGACCAAAGCCAUUGUCAGGUACAAUGGUGCCAUCACCUGGACACCACCUGCUAGUUACAAAUCCGCCUGCACUAUGGAUGUCACCUUCUUCCCCUUCGACCGCCAGAACUGCACCAUGAAAUUUGGCUCCUGGACAUACGAUGGCAACAUGGUGGACCUGAUUCUGAUAGACAAUCAGGUAGAUCGGAAGGACUUUUUUGAUAAUGGGGAGUGGGAGAUCCUUAAUGCCACCGGUGCCAGAGGGAGCAGGAAGGAUGACAUGUAUUCGUACCCCUUCAUCACAUAUUCUUUCAUUCUGAAGAGGCUGCCAUUGUUCUACACCCUUUUCCUCAUCAUCCCCUGCUUGGGGUUGUCCUUCCUCACUGUCCUGGUGUUUUACCUUCCCUCAGAUGAAGGAGAGAAGCUGUCACUCUCUACCUCUGUCCUAGUGUCGCUCACUGUGUUCCUUCUAGUCAUAGAAGAAAUCAUCCCCUCCUCCUCCAAGGUGAUCCCGCUCAUCGGAGAGUACUUGCUGUUCAUCAUGAUCUUUGUCACACUCUCAAUCAUCGUCACCGUCUUUGUCAUCAAUGUGCACCACCGCUCCUCGGCCACCUACCACCCCAUGUCGCCAUGGGUUCGUAGUCUCUUCCUUCAGAAACUACCGAAGUUGCUCUGCAUGCGUGGACACACUGAUCGCUAUCAUUACCCAGAGUUAGCUCCUGAAAGCCCUGAGCUGAAGCUGCGCUCUGGAGGUCGGAAAGGAGGCCAGAGGGCGAACAGCGGGGUCCACGGACAGACAACUUCUGAGGGGAAAGAGGAUGAGGCUUGGGCAACCAUGUUGGACAAGGCCAUCUACUCCGUGCGCUACAUCAGCAGUCAUAUCCGCAAGGAGCACUUCAUCCGUGAGGUGGUGCAAGACUGGAAGUUUGUGGCCCAGGUCUUAGACAGGAUCUUCCUGUGGGCUUUCCUCACCGUCUCAGUACUGGGCACUAUCCUUAUCUUCACUCCAGCCCUACAGAAGUUUAUGAAAGUUCCUCCACCAACUGCAACUGAAAAUCCACCUUCAAACUAGUAGCAUUAAUGCGCUCUUUUCACAGACGAUUCACCUUCAAGAACCUACAAACCACUGAGCCAGAGGAAGCCACUACAGGUGUUUUUUUAAAGCAGAACUUUGACUUUUUCUUAGUUUGUUUUCUUUUAGAGAUCCACUGUGAAAUGUUCUAUUUUUUAUUAAGUAGUGAAGUCAGUGUGUGUCAACUUAUGCACAUUAUGACAUAUAUAAGUGGAUUAUGUUUGCAUAAUGUUUUGUUUGUAGGUAAAUAAGACAAUCUUAGUGAAAAUUGGUGCAACCUGUGAUGCUUCGCAGCCUUUUAAUUGCCAAAGUAGUAUGCAGCUCACUGCAGCUCACACAAUACACUAGAUUACACAUGCAGGUCAUUUUAUGAAGAUGUUUGAGCUAAAAUUAAACAUAAAUCAUUAAAUUAAUAGGCUUGAUUUGUGUACUUACUUGACAUAUUGUUUUAUGUUUCUACUUCACAUUGCUUUUGAUUUGAUGUAUGUGUUUGUCAUGUUUCCCUUGCUGCAACAAAUUUCUACUGUGAUGAACUGUGAAACAUUUCCUGUCCCAGUCAAGCUAUUAAUUCAACAAAAUGUUAAUUUUACACAUAAGUUUUGGGGUAACUGUCACAAUAAUAGAAGUGAGAAAGGUUUGUUUUUGUAUUUUG